AUGAUCUUCCUCUCUAUGUAUGUAUACUGUAUGCUUAAGUUGAUUGCAAGAAAGCUCAAAGAUUUGAAUUUCUUUGACACUCUGCAUGCAGGAUGGAUGAUAGCCUCUCUGGCGUCAAUCUCCUCGACCCCACCAUCAAGCACUUUCUCGUAUAAUGGCAAAUACUUGGCUUCUUCUUCUAAGGAUAACUCAGCAAUUAUAUGGGAGAUCAAUGCAGAGGGAGGAGAGUUUUCGAGGAAGCAUAAACUUGAGGGACACGAGAAGCCAGUUGUACUAGUCUUAUGGAGUCCUGACGAUAAACAAGUCGUUACAUGUGGAGAAAACGAAGUCAUCAAGCGAUGGGAUGUUGGACCUUCAGGACAAUGCCUUCAAACCUACGGAACAGUUGAUGUUGGUUCCGUUUCCUGUGGAUGGCUCCAUGACGGUUCAGGUAUAAUCGGCGCGAUGGCAGACAGGCGGAUCUAUCUGUGGAACUUAGAUGGGAGCGAGAUUGAGCACGUGCAAGGACGAAGCGGACAUAAGCUUUCUGAGGUAGCUAUGACGAGUGAUGGGAAGUGGCUUGUAAGCGUGGGAAAGGAGCAUAAUGAGAUCUCGCUGUUUGAUAGAGAAGCUAGAGAUGAUGAGAAAGUGAUUGUGGUGGACAACAUGGUUACCUCGUUCUCGUUUUCGAGAGACAGCAAGUAUCUUCUAGUCAAUCUCAUCACACAGGAGAUCCAAGUCUGGAUGAUUGAUGGCGGAGGGGAAGUAGCAUGUAAGGUUUCCGAGCUCAAAGGCCACAAGCGUAGGAGGUUUGUUAUCAGGUCUUGCUUUGGUGGCUAUGAUGAAAAUUUCAUCGCCAGUGGGAGUGAGGAUUCUCAGGUAUACAUAUGGCACAGAGGAUUUGAGAGGGAGCCUUGUUGUGUACUGUCAGGACACGGAGGAGCUGUGAACUGUGUGAGUUGGAACCCGACUGAUCUUCAUAUGUUGGCCUCAGGGAGUGACGAUAAAACCAUCCGGAUUUGGGGACUUGACGACGAGUGAUGAUGACUUCAGCUGCAAGUUUGAUUCAUUAUGUGCGAGUGAUGAGCCGGCCCUGGCAUGAAGCGAAUGAAGCGGUUGCUUGCGGCCGUUUACUUUAUCAAUAAGUUUCGGCCAUAAAAAUAACGUCCUCCUUAGUCUAGUGGUAACGCUCACAUAUCUCAUGUUUCUCAGUUCGCGGGUUCGAUGAGCAGUUGAUACAGCUUCAGCCACAAUUGUUUUGUUUUGCUUCCGGUCUUAUAUGUUCUAGGACCGGCUCUGCCUUGGAGUACAAUAUAAGUAAGAUAAGAGCUGGAGUUUUGAUUACUAAUCGUGAGAAACAGAAACAAAAAAUUGCAUUUGAGAACAGUUUUGCCCUAUUGUUGAUGCUUCACUUCUUCUCUUAAGUAACUCUUAUUCUCUCUGAC